CGAACGUGCUGUGACUUUUACCCAGCUUACGAACCCAAAACCAUGAGAGAAAGGAUGAUGAAAACUUGUGCAUAAAUAGCAAUUCACAAUGAUAAAGUAGUAGAAAUCUUUCAUGCAUGAAAGGGCUCAAAUUAUAAACUACAUGCUGACUGGCAAGCACCCAGACACACUGCAAAAAAUGGGGGCAAACACAAUGACAAUGGUUACCAUUAACUACAAGUACCUGCAGCCAAACACCACUUUUCUUCAGCCCACUUCCCUAGAACAAAACAGUUCAUGUCCUUCAGAGGAAGAAUCCCUUCGUGUGCCAUUUGCUGUCUGUUACUCUCUGAUCUUCAUGUUCGGCUUAGUGGGGAAUCUGCUUGCCCUUUGGGUGUUCAUCUUCCUCCACUCACGCCGGAACUCAGUUCGCAUCUUUCUCAUUAACGUGGCCCUGGCUGACCUGGUGCUCAUAGCCUGCCUCCCAUUCCGCAUCAUGUACCAUGUACUUGGUAACUCCUGGCAGUUGGGUUCCCGUAUGUGCAAAGUUGUGGGAAACCUCUUCUACAUGAACAUGUAUGUAAGCAUCACUCUGCUGGGCCUUAUAAGUCUGGACCGAUAUGUAAAGAUACAAGAUUUUCCAGGAUCACGGGGAUCCUCCUGCCAUCGCUGGCUCAAAGGAAACAGGUGGAGUGUGGUGGCAUGCGGGGUACUGUGGACAGCCUCACUACUGGCAGUGGUUCCCAUGAUUGCGCUAGCCGAGGGCAACGAGGAGGAAGGCAAAUGCUUCCAUUACAAAUCUCGCACGCGAGCACGCAGUAAGGCCUACUUUAACUUAGUCCUGGUGGGAGGUUUCUGGCUGGUUUUCUUGGUUCUGGUGCUGUCAUAUGGACGGAUUGCUUGCCGUCUCUUGCAAGAAUCCCGUGAUAAGCAAGAUUUGCCUAAUGCAGGGCAUUAUGCCCGUGCGGCUAAAAAGUCUUUUGUGGUGCUCUUACUGUUUACCAUUUGCUUCGUGCCCUUCCAUGCUUUCAGAGGUGUGUAUGUUUGGUCACAGCUCACCAAUAUGCCCUGCGAGAUGCUCCGUUUCGUGGAUCGCACCAACGAGGUUAUGCUGCUCCUUUCUGCACUAAACAGCUGUUUGGACCCUCUCAUGUACUUUGUGCUUUCAGGUUCAGUGCGAAAAGCUACAAUGAAAGCUUUUUCCCAGGUUUUUUGUGUGCACUACAACCAAACAGUGGCCAUCAACAGUACCACCGCAGAGUUUCGCAGAACAUCAAUGUCCCAGGCAUCUACAACUGCGCUGGCUACUCCACGCGGAAGCAUUGGGCUAAUAGUCAUACCCCGUUGUAUAAAUACCAGUCCUAAAGAUAAUGCAUGAGCUUUUCUUAAUGCAGUCAUACAAGGCCUCUCUAAAAAAGCUGUAUGUACAGGAAACAAACUGUAAACAAAAAUCUAAAACUAAAAAACUUUUUGACUGUUGACAUUGCUAUAUUUUACCUCAUACAGACAGCAUGUUCCCACCUAAUUUGACCCUUCUGAAACAGAUUAACAUCUUUUCCAUGACCACAGGAUGUGUCUUUUGACAUGGUUGUUUAACAAAUGAGAAGCUACUCACGGCAUCGGUAAGGGUUAAAUAACUUGUUGCCAGCUGAAACAUAAUCACCCAUGCAGUAAUUAUCCAAUGGGAGGCUCUUACCUAUUUGCUUAGUUAAAUCCAGGUGGUGAUCUUUUUUUGGCCAGGCAGUGUAUAUAACAUACAGUGCUUAAUUUAUAAGACACUCAAAUUCCUAUUUGUCAAGCAGUGAUGUUGGAUGAGAAUGUCAAGCUUACAAUCAAUGUUUCAAUUCAUCCCAAAAAUGUAUAAUGUGGUUAAUUUCCCCAGACUGGUGCACACAAUUUUACUAGCAAUGUUCUGAUUAGACUUUACGAAUACACCCUAGCGUGACAAUGGCAAGUAGACAAGAAAGAUCAACUACACAUUACUUAAAGACAUCAGUAGUUAUUGUAAAACUGCACCAAAUAAAGUCUAAUACUUACACGUACAAAA